AUGAGGCUUCUGCUGCUGGCUCUUCCUGUCCUUGCUCUUCUGCCCCAAGUGAUCCCAGGUAACAGAACCCAGGGAAGCGACCACAAUGAAGGGCUCGUGGUCGCCGGCCUGUGGGGCCCAGAGUGUGGCUGUUCUCUCUCACACAACCAGCACACCUUUCUCACGGAGACUGUGUCUCUGACAAGGAUAGCCUAUGGUGGUGAGAAAAAAUGCCUGAGCAAAUCGGGGCACUGCAGGAAAAACUGCAACUAUGGAGAAAUGAUUCAGGAAGCAUGUAAAAAUCAUCGUGUCUGCUGUGUCCCAGACACCAGGCACCGCAAACAAAAGGCCUUUAUCGCUUCAACCACGGAGCCAACCUCUACGACGGAGUACGAUCUGCCCUCAGACUUCAUGGAUGUUCUUAGCAUGAUGCCAGAUUCAGGCAACUUAGCCAGAAUAGAUGACGGAGUGACAAAGACACCCUGGAGGUGGCUGGGAAGCUCUGUCCCCAGAAUUUAUGAUAGCUCAUGA